AUGCGCGGCCUUGCUCUCGCCGCAGUCUGCAUACUCGGUUAUGUAACCUCUUGGUCGAUUAAAUAUGGCGUCUCUGCCCUAGUUAUCAUAAUGGCAGCAUUUAGUUUCGCGGCGCUGUCACCUUGUUCUUACAAACGUGUUAAAGCACAAGGGGUUCCUGUGAAGUGGAAAGAAACCAAAAACAUCCUGUUGGUGAAGCUUGUAGGCGCCUUGUUCGUGGCGAUGAGCGUUGUGUCCGCUAUUGGAAACACUUACUUCGUUCUGCAAGCGAGUCACUUGAACCAGAAGGUUUGGUUCGUGAAGUUUCCUCUUCCCAUUCUUCUGUUUGCGUAUAACGAAGCCAGAUCAAAGUUUGGGGGGUUAAAACGGUCUGUCGUUGCCAUCUCCAUCGGGCUCGCAGCGUCAAUGGUGGUUUCGAGUCUGUGUUGUGUCGUAGCUGCGCUGGUGGAAGCUCGAAGGCUGGCCGUGGUUAAGAGCUCCGGUUUGAUAGACUUGCCCGAAGAAACAAUUCCUAUGACCAUGUUCUGGCUGGUUCCACAUUUUGUUCUGCUUGGGUGCACUGAUGGGAUUUUUCGUAGGGCAAUCGGUUCUCUGUACAUGGUGGCAUUGAUAUCUGAUGAGGAGGCUAAAAAUCUGGAAGCAUCGAAAGUCCUGCAGUGCCAGUACGCGGGUUUCUAUGAUAUGGCUGUUUAUGGAGUGGGAGUUAUGGGCAGCGUGUUAUCGGUUCAUGUGGUGGGUGAGAUAAGCUCAGAGGGGGGGAAGAUCAAUUGGUUUCAGCACACCCUAAACACAAGUCGUUUGGAUAAUUACUACUGGACCUUGGCUGCCUUGGUUGCAAUCAAUCUGCUGAUAUUCUUUGUUUUGGCCGCAUGCUGUGGUGCCUGUUUUUAUGUCGUUUCAAGGUUCAAGGAUGCGAAAUAA